UUUUAUGUCACCUUUCUUAAUUAACCCGAGGAAACAUUAGAUUUCUAUUUAUAAGGAAUCUUUCUGUAUAAAUACAAUAAGAAUUUCGAAUAAUCUGGACUUUAAUAUAUUACGUUACCAUGGGAACUGGGGUAUCAAAACCGAGGCGACAGCCAGAAUUAUUGCAAUGUUCAAUAUGUUUUAAUGUGUACAAAGUUCCACGGAUGUUACCGUGUCAACACACGUUCUGUGAGAAAUGUCUCCACACAUAUAUCACACGGACAAUGUCAUUUGAAGCUGAGAAAACCGAUUUCCCGUGCCCGAUGUGCCGAGAAACUGUGACAAUACCAAAACCGGAUAAACCGCGCGAAAAGUGGGCAAAACUUUUCCCAAAGAAUAGACUGAUCAUGUCUUUAUUUGAAGGAGAGUUCGAACGCUCUGAAUGCUGCAGACUGCAUCCUGGAAAAAUGGUAGAGUUUUAUUGCGAGAGCCAUGUUGAGAUCGGGUGCAGCACGUGUUUGAUCACGCGACAUAAAGGAUGUGAGGUCAUUCAGCUCGAAACGUUUAUAAAGAGCGGAAAGUUCAAAAGAAGUUGCCAAAAGAAUAAUGACAUGUUGCAACAGUAUAAGAAACUGUUUGAAGACAUGGUCGUGGAGGCCGGUCAAAAUCUUGACUCCCUGGAGAAAGAGAAAGCCGAUCUUAUAGAUGAUGUUAAAGAAAUGAGGACAUCAAUCGAAACUAUGCUUAAAAAUUUAGAAGAAAAAAUACUAAGUGAAAUAGACGAGAAGUACAAGACAGAAUGUGACAGUUUAUGUGAAGUGACAGCUAGAUGUAGGAAAGCUAUCGCAGACAUAAACAACUCUAUAGAACAAGUUGCAGCUGCGCAGUCGGACAUAAAUAUGGUGCAAAAAGCAGAAAUUGUUAUAACCGUCGAAGAGAAAAUGGCAAAUUUUGGAAAGAGUAUUCGUAAUGAGCAUGACAACUUUAAUUUUGUUACCAUGGCAAUUGGAUAUGACCCCGCUGUAGAAGACCUAAAACGAGGACUUGAUAAGAUUGGGGACAUUAAUAUAGAAAGAACCAAAAAGGAACACUUGUUACCAGGAUUUGUACCAAAAUCUCAAAACCAGGAAAAAGAGACCUCCAAACGACAUAAAAGCAAACAUGUUGUAAAGAUGAGUGAACACUCUGCAAGUGGUCAAGAGGAGGCGUUCUUCUGUAACAUCACGAGCACGUUAGUACUUCCGGAUGGGCGUAUUGUUUUAGCAGACGACAGUAAUAGUAAACUUAAAAUGAUGAGUUCCCGCUUUAAUGUUACGUAUGACCUUAUCUUGGAUUCAAAUCCGUUGAAUAUAGCCGCGGUUUCGGAUACGGAAAUUGCUGUGACUUUACCAGGAAAACGUGAAGUUUAUUUCAUAGACGUUGGGGUAGAUAAAUUUACUAUGAAACGCAAAAUAAGUACCAGGCUUGAUUGUUGGGGCAUUGAUAUUCUAGAAAAUCUUGUAGUUGUAACUACUGGACGAGAUGGGCAUUCUAUUAUUGUGCUAGACAUGAAAGGGAAAGAGUUGAAUUCUUACCUCCUAACGGCGCAUGCAGACGAGAACAUAAGAUGCCCAGUGUCAGUCGUUGCCGACAAACAGAAACGGCUGUUGUAUGUUACAUGUACGGGAGGUGCAUGGAGUAAAGGAUGUGUCGUCUGCAUGGAUAUUGAUGGCAAACUUCAGAGUAUUUACAGUGACCCGGAUAUAGAUACACCAAGAAGUGCUGCCAUAGAUAGACAUGGCAAACUCUAUAUUUGUGGACUAGAAUCCUCAACAGUUUACCAGUUUAAUGAAAAAAAUGAACCAUUUCGAAUAUUUCCCUCCAAAAAUGAACAAGUUGUAGGACCUUUACACUUGAAUUUUAUAAAGAACUAUCAUAUACGGUUCUUGUUGACGGAAGUCGCCAGCGACACGAUAAAGGUGUACGAGCUUCCGACAGCCAAAUGAUGACAUGUUAUUAUUUGUUUGCUUUUUUUCUUAUAUAUACUAUACUAAAUAUACUAUGCUCAAAUUUUGAUGUUUGAAAAUAUUGGUAACUACUACGCAGCUUCUUUGUAAAUAUGAAAUAAGAAUGAAUUGGCUUCAUUCAAAGUAGAUAUGUUAUGUUUUAAACUCUAUACACUUUUAGUGGUCAUAAUAUUAGUAUAUAGUGUCAUUAAAAAAAAACUUGCAGUUUUUUUUAUGAAAAGACCAACUUCGCUUGACCUUUAAUAGGGAUUGCAGUUUCAAUACAAAAUUGAAUAUGUUUGUACUCAAAUUAAAACCGUUCAGUAAGGAAUUCAUGAAUUUCAAUAAAU